CUUAAGCCCAUCUAAACACUGCCUACCUAGGUACCUAGGUAGGUAUAAAUAAUGCACUCGAUUCACUAAUCAAGCUGUAUCAUAAUUUAGUUACAACUUUCCAACAACUUUUCAUAAUUAGCAAAGCGAACUUCAAGUUCCUACAUCAUGUCUCAAACUCGGCAAAUCAACAAAACUAUCAAGACCCUGUCCUUGGAAAAUUAUGUCCCCGACGGAGGUCAAGUAAGGGACGAUAUAGCACCUAAGCUUGGAACUAUUACUCGAUCUGAGUUUGAAGUUGAGUUUCAACUUAUCUACGAGGUUCACGGGGACUACAAUAAGGGCGAUAAAGACAAUGCCAGCCUUUUAGUCAUCAGGAUCCUUCCAAAAGCUCACAAUCAUACCCGGCAGUUCGGUUGGUUCAAGGUCACUCUAACUAUUGCCCAAGAUUGGACAGAUAGCAGUAAGGAAUCAGAAGAUGACGAAAGCAUUCCACUUAUUGAGUCAAUCGAGCCUGCAUCCCGUGGUACCCAAUUUGUUGAUGUUUUCACAACCAAUGAAACUCCAGAACGUGCAGUAAAGGGAAGCAUACAAGCCCAAAUAUAUGGAGCUACAGCAGGUUUAGAGGGUUCCAACACAUCAAAGUCUGAGUUCAAAACGCACCAUCUACUUAAAGUAAAGUCAGGUACGCAGCGCACCGUUAAGGCAUUGUCGAGGAAGAAGGUUAAUAGAGUAUGGUGGACACUCGAAGCAGCCAAAAAAGAAGAUGGGAUCGGUGAUAGCUUCACAGUGGCCUUACUAAUUAAACGCCCCAGAGGAUCCAAGUUUCGCCUCGAAGCUCAUACAGACGGGGAGAUCGGCACGUUCAAAGAAAAGGUCAAGUACGUGGCAACCGGUUUUUGGAGUAAGAACGAAGACAAGCUUCUAGACAUAUUCGGUCCGGCAGGGAAUAUAAAGGACCAGAAAAUUCCUAAAGACAUCGAUGUGCAUAAUCUGCACGCUGCCUCGACAGAAAAUAUAAUGCAGAGGAUCGAAGAAGUCGGGUUACAUCUCCCAGAACAAAGGCGACCAGUAAGAUUUGAAGAAGAAAUCACGACUAUCAACUCCGAAUUGGAAGAUUGUGGACCCCUGGAUAUGCAGACUGCCCUAGAGCCUGUCGAGGUAAGUAGCAACAGUGACAGGGAUAACGACAUAAGCCACGUUGCUACAAAAGAAACUGGUACAGAAAAGUCUGGGUAUCAGCGCAUUCGAGAAUCCAAAGGCUCGUUGUUAGGCGAGAAUCCACCAAUGACAACACCAUUCUCAAUAGCUCGGGUAGAGCGCCUUCAUAAAAUGGCAGCAUUGUAUGAACGUCUUGCAGAACUGCACCGAGAAGAAGCUUGAUAAAAAACCAAUCUUACUGGCUGGUGUGGUAGUCCAUAGAAGGUGGGGGGAUCAAUUUCCAGUAACAACUUGCGAUAUUGUUGCAUUUUCUAUAAUACCCGAUAGCCGCCUAGCUUCCCCCGUCUAUGUUUACAUCUCGCCGUCUUAGA